AAAUCUAUAUCUCAUGUGCCUAGCCUUUUCCGAACACUAUUUGCCACGACCUCUUCAUGAAACUAUGGACGACAUUAAAAUUAAGAAUUGUACAGAAAAUUAUUUUUACGAUGAAUCGCAUUUUACGCAAUAGAUCUCCAUUUUUAACGUUAUUUGUAAGCUCAUUCUAUUACUUUACAGAAUUAGUAAUGUCGUGUAAGGCUAAUAUUAUUUCCGGGCUGCAGGAUUUUCCGAAAGAUUUACAGACCCUGGUAUUUAAAGGGCUUAAGAAGGAACAUGAUGAGUUUUAGUUAGUAAGAGUCUGACGCUAUCUCACGCUGCACCCACCUCGGAAUUUGACACCAAAAAAAUUGGCCUGUAUUAUUUUUGAGUUUGUGAAAUUGCUUCCUCAAAAUAAAAUUACAAAUUAUAUUUAAGUUUACAAUAAACGACUGACUGUCGUAAUUUAACAUUUGCUACUUAAGACGACAAAAAGUUGCGUCAAGUCAGUUUCAAAAUCUCUUAGUUUGUAGCAAACCUUAUUUUACCUUAUAAUCGUUGUGGUACAUGGUUAAACGUUGUAUAAUGUAGUCAGUCUCAAAUGAACCGAUCAUAAGACAGAACGUUGGUUAAGAGCCAGUACCUCAAAAAACUGAAGACCAAAUUAAGAAGCUUACCACCAAUACCACCAUUUCUUCAAACAUGGAUGAUAUAAUAGAACCAGAAAGCCAACUAGUCAGAUACGGACCACAAGUAGUAGCAGAUAUAAGAAAGGAAAAUAAUCUAGAUAAUAAACAAAAUAGAGAGCAAGCUAUCGCUAUUAUAGAUAAAUGGUUGCAGACACAGGAACAUUUAAUUAAGAAAGAUUAUAAUAAAGCCUACAUAGAAAGGUGUAUAGUAACGAGCAAAGGUUCCCUAGAACGGGCGAAGACACAAAUAGACAAAAUGUGCACCUUUAGAACAUUGAUGCCGAAGUAUUUUGAUACCACCAACCUCAUGGAGAGCGAGAUAGCUAGAAUGUUGGAUAGAGGUUACUUUGCUCUCGUGCCGACUCUAACAGAAGAAUACCACAGGGUAGUCAUCGUGAAAGUGAGAGCGGACUCUGACAUUAGCCAAACUGACUACAAUUUGCUAUUCAAAUUCUUUGUCAUUACAGCAGAAUACCUGAAGUCAAAUGACUACUGCAGAGGAUUUACCUUAAUUGGAGAUAUUUUCGAUACCAGUGCAGCCGAUGUUCUGUCGAAACUCAAUUUGGUUGAUUUGCAGCAGUUCAUACCAAUCAUAACGGAAGGCUAUGGCACAAAAAUAAAAGGCAUAAUAUUCCUAACCGGGUCCAAGUUUAUUGAUGGCUUCGUGAAGAUCGUGAAGCCGUUCUUCUCAGAGAAGAUAGCAAGCAGGAUCCAUGUGGCUUCUACCGUAGAAGGAUUGAAAGAGUUCCUGCCAGUGGAUAUUCUGCCUGAAGAGUAUGGAGGGAAAGAACAGUCGAUCAAGAUUUUGCAUGCAAAUCUAGUCAAGUGCCUAUCAUCAGAAGCUCACCAGGAACUCCUAAAGGAGAUGCAUAAAGCCCGCACAGACGAGUCGAAGAGACAGCGUGACAAAUUCAACGACCAAUACAUGGGGAUGCCGGGGACCUUUAGGACAUUAUCUUUAGAUUAAAUUUAUUUUUAAAAUA